GUCGGGAGGCGGGAUUUGAAAUUGCGCGCACGUGGAGUCGAGGCCGGCGGGAAGGAAGCGAGCGAACGAGGUGCGGUUCGACCCGAUGCGCUGCUUGGCACUCGCCCCCUCGUUCUCAUUAUAACUCGCGUACCUCGUUUGGUUUCCUCGGGUAUGUGUGGCGGUUGUUUCGUCUUGAGUAGACGUUUAACGGUCGCUCGUAAAUAAGCACUUUGUUUUGUUUGUUUUCAACCUAGAAGGGUAAAGCCGCGCGAAGCUGUUGUAUGCAGUAACUUCCAGCGACCGGUUGCGGUGCGUGUCUCGACCAGGCUCGGUCCCGAAGGGUUCUCAGUUUCUGGGUUUGGCGAGGGCAGAUCUAAAUUAUUUCAUCACGUUUCUUCCGUCUUUAACCACCACGGUAUGAGGCUUAACCCGGACCCUAAUUACUAUCACCAGACGACAGCCACUAGUUAAACUGUUUCACGUCUUUGUCGAGAAGAGAACGAGGCUACAAUGCCGUCGCAGCUGGACGAGUAUGAAGUGAUGUACACCAUCGGGACGGGCUCCUACGGCGAGUGUCAGAAGAUCCGGCGCAAGUCAGACGGCAAGGUGCUGGUGUGGAAGGUGCUGGACUACGGCACCAUGUCAGAACCCGAGAAGCAGAUGCUGGUGUCGGAGGUGAACCUCCUUCGCGAGCUCAAGCAUCCCAACAUCGUGCGCUACUUUGACCGCAUCAUCGACCGCAGCAAUACCACGCUCUACAUCGUCAUGGAGUACUGCGAGUGCGGGGACCUUGCCAGCCUCAUCUCCCGCUGCCGUCGUGACAGGCGCUUCCUGGAGGAGGAGUUUGUCCUGCGGGUGCUGGCGCAGCUUGUGCUGGCGCUGCGCGAGUGCCACCGGCGCACGGCCGGCGGGCGCACAGUGCUGCACCGCGACCUUAAGCCGGCCAAUGUGUUCCUGGACGCACGGCACAACGUGAAGCUCGGAGACUUUGGGCUGGCACGCAUCCUCCAGCAUGACACCAGCUUCGCCAAGACGUUUGUGGGAACGCCCUAUUACAUGUCGCCGGAGCAGUUCAGCCGCAUGUCGUACAAUGAGAAGUCGGACAUCUGGUCGCUGGGCUGCCUGCUCUACGAGCUCUGCGCGCUGGUGCCCCCAUUCACGGCCAUGAACCAGAAGCAGCUGGCGGAGAAGAUCAAGGAAGGGAAGUUCAGGAGGAUCCCGUACCGCUACUCGGACGAGCUGAACGAAAUAAUUUCCAAGAUGCUCAACCUGAAGGACUACCUGCGGCCAUCCAUCGAGCAGAUCAUGCAGUACGGCCUCCUGGCGGAGGUGCUGGAAGAAGAGCAGGCGCGGGUGGCGCCCGAGAAGCCGCGCGGGGUCCCCACCACGGAGCGGCGCUCUGGCGGUAGCCCCUCUGCGGAGGAGGGCUUGGUGGCAGACCUCCGUCGCAAGGAGGAGCAGCUCCAGGCCAAGGAGCAAGCCCUGCGCGAGCGGGAGGAGCGGUUGGAACAACGGGAAAAGGAACUGUGUCUGCGGGAAAGGCUGGCUGACGAGAAACUAUCCAGGAUGGAGGAGCUGGCGCUGAAGCUGGAUGCGCCGGGCUGCUGCGUGCCGGCACCGGGGUCGGCGCUUGCCGAGCUCGUGAACCCAGCAGACGGCGAGUUUUCUUUAGCACGCAAGAAGGUGCAGUUUGUGGGAGACGGCGCACAGAGCAAGGAGAACACCGGCCCCAUGGUGGGUGCGACGGCUACGGUCGCGGCGGCGGUGGCAACGGUCGUGUCACUGGCGGGGCCGUGCCGUGCACCGGUGGGACGAGGGGAUGCCCUGCGCGAGCGCCUGCAGGCAGCGAACCUGCGGACGCGCGAGCUGCGAUACCUCGAGGCGGAAUCCCAGCUCAAGAGCCGGCAGCUGCUGGGCAUGCGUUGAGCCGGUGCCGGCAACGGCCUCCACGACACCACCCGCUGUCGAUAAAAUGCAACAAAAGCGGGAAUAUCAAAAGUUACAGAUUUUAAAGUCAAAGGUACCAAAGAACUGGGGUUUAGCGGUACAUUUUUAGUGUUGGGUCCUCCAUAUUUUAACCCUGGUUCUGAGUUUGCAUAUCGGCCAGUCACCUCCCAUGCAAUGAAAUUGUUGUGGUUAGGUGGUCUGUGGAUGUUUUGUGGGUGCUGUUCGUUGACUGGCAGACAUUCUGCCUCGAAUUUGACCAUGUCUGGGUAACUGGAGGUCAUGGACUGAGACUGGUGUUAAUGAGUGUGGGACUGACGGUGGACACAUUUUUCAACAUUAGUUUAUUGAUAAACAACUUUAGAGCCCAAUGCUGAUUUAAAUACUGGAAAUUAAAGCAAGUUUACAUUUUGUUCACGUAUUUUCAGCUGAGAAUCAGUUGCAUAUCUAGUUGUGUAAAUACUGUGUGAUUAUGAUGACGUUUCAUUCGUAGUUGCUGAAUUGAUGUAGAGUUGAAUGUUGAGUGAUAUUUAAAUCAAAUUAUAAUGUAGAUUUUAUAUUUUUACAGAAUAAAAUGCAGGCGCUGCUUAAAAAGUAUGUUGAUUUAUACCUGGUUGCAUUUUGUUACGCUCUUAACAGCUGUCUUGCUGAAUGAAUGCUACGUUUUGGAUGUAUUUUUUUUUGCCAAAUCUACUGAGUUUGUAAAAUAAACGUGAUUAUUUUACCUGGCUUUUGA